CACCAGCCCGCAGCGCAGCGCAGAGCAGAGCAGAGCGCCCGCUCUUCUAAUAUAAACGGCUUGACUUCUGUUCUAGCGGGGCCGUAGUUGCAUUGCAGUUGCAGGUUUGCAGCUAGCCAGAGUGAGUGAGUAGUGAGGCGAAAGGAAAUGGAGGCGGCGGGAGAGGGGAGGAAGCUCCAUCACCACGCGGGCGGCGGCAGGGCGCAGAUGGAGGCCAGCCCGGAGCGCGGCAGGCCUGCGUACGCGUCGGCGGUGACGGCGAGGUCGGCGCCGGCGAGGCCCAUGAGGCGGGUGCAGAUCAUCUACUACCUCUGCCGCAACGGCCAGCUCGAGCACCCGCACUUCAUGGAGCUCGCGCAGCAUCCCCACCAGCCGCUGCGCCUCAAAGAUGUGAUGGACAAGCUUACGCUGCUGAGGGGCAAAGGCAUGCCUGCUCUCUUCUCGUGGUCUUGCAAGAGGAACUACAAGAACGGCUACGUGUGGAACGACCUCUCGGAGAGCGACGUGAUAUACCCGUCCGACGGCGUGGAGUACGUCCUCAAGGGCUCCGAGAUCUUCCCCGGCUGUUCUUCCGCCGUUGCAGCGGAUCGGUUCCAGCACCUCCGGGUGACGGACAGGUCGCCAACCAAGCCGCCGCUGGCCCUCCCGCACAGCCACAAGCAGUACGUGGACGGCUACCGGGACGACGCCGGCGAGGACCCCGAGGACGACGAGCUUGGGUACCCGUACCACCGGCGUGCCGCGGCGGCUCGGCUGGGCGGGCCGAACAAGCCCGUCUCGGCCCGCACCAACCGUGGCCACCCCGUGGAGCUGCCCGUCGAGGAGACCUCGCCGCCGUCCUCGACGUCGUCCGACAAGCCGCCGCCGGCGCAGCAGGCGAGCCGCUGCGACGAGGCCGAGCCGAACAGGACCGGCUCGAUGCUCCUGCAGCUCAUCGCGUGCGGGGCGGUCACCGCCGGUCCGGCCAAGUGCGGCGGCCGGGCCGAGCCGAGGCGGAGCUGCGGCCUGGUGAGCCGGCUGUCGUCCCGCGCCGGCGCGGAGGAUGACGACGAGGAGGAGGAGGCUGGCGGCGAGCUGAGCCGGCGGUUCGGCCGCAUGAGGGCGGAGGAGAAGGAGUACUUCAGCGGCAGCAUCACCGUGGACAUCGGUGGCCGGGGCACCCCGCUGCCUGCUUCGUCGCUCAAACGCUCCAACUCGUACACCGAGGAGAGGUCAAGAAACAACAAAAUCGAUCAGGGGAAUUAGAUGAUGCAACAUGCAUGGAGGUCUGUGCCCACCACCGGAUGGUGUACAACGAGAGUAAGACCCAUCAGGGGCUCGAGGCUUGGCGUGGGGGCGAUCGGCGAGGAGACGGCGGAUGAGAGGAUCGGAGGGGAGGAGGGAAUGAUGAGGGGGAGGUGCAUCCCGGGCAGGAAGAGGCAGCCGCAGCAACAGAAAUAGGCGCACGCCUCGGCUUAGUUACCCAGAUUAAUCUGCUUGAGCCAGACCAUGUAGUAAUAGUUCUCGUAGCACGAGUGUUUAGCAUCUCUACUUGUGUGUUGUGGACCAUGGGUUAGCAUUGAGAGCUAGGCUUAGCAUCUAGGAAUAGUUCGAUGUUGGACAAGUCAGCACGCAUGGCACUUAAUUUUGGAUCCUAUGUCUAUGUGAACGGUGAGAGUGGGUAGUACUGUAUCGAUACGGACUCGUAGCAAGUAAUCGAUUGAUCA